UAUGGUACGAAUGAGCGUGAAACGGGGACGUGAGCGGAUCGCUAGUUCGAGGAGGGAGGGAACUAUCUUGCUGUCAAGCGGCUACUCUUGGGCUACUCCCUGGCAGGGCUCUGCCGUCUCCUGUGAUACUACAGUACUGCUGCACACAAACAGUGACACAAUGCUCGAGUGGCCGGACCGAUAACUUCCCCACUCUUUUACACUGUGACACGAUGAUGCCUUUCGACUCUUGAGUCUCCAGCUCGGCCCAACCAUGAGAGGCAUCCUGAAGAGGAAGUUUGAAGAGCUGGAUGAUCAUCCCUGCUGCUACUCCUCCUCCUCCUCCUCCUCCUCGCUCUCCUCCCCUGCAUCCUCUGAGUGGGAGUCUGAUGGAGAGAGCAGCCCAUCUGACCUGAACCCGGACUUCACCCCUCACAGUCCUCCUCCACCCACAAGUGAACCCAUUCGCUCCAUCGUGAAGAGGCCGCGGCUGACGCUGCACCAGAGCAAUGUGCACUUUGACCUGGUGACGGUCUUCAGCUUCCCACGUUGCCAGGGCUUCAGCAGCGUCCCCAGCCAUGGUGGCAGCAGCCUGGGCAUGGCACGGAGACACUGCGCCCUCCAGAGGUACACAGUGGCCCAGCAUGCUGCGGAGCGGCAGCGCCGGCGUGCGCAGAAGCUGCAGGAGCGAGUGCGAGAGGAACGGCUGGAGGCUUUCAAACAAAAACUGAUCUGCAGUGGCGCCAUUGAUCAGCGUGAAGCCUGCAGACUCACCGUGGACCACCUGCCGGAGGAAGACGCCAACAGGGCAGCUGGUGAAGCCGAGCUGAGGGGGGGCGGCUCGCUCGUGCCGUACUCUUCCAGGCAGCGCCAGGCUGUUCUCCUGGCAGCUGGCGUGAAGCGCAUCGACAAGGAGGAGAAGAGACAACUUCAUGCUCUGCGUCUCAGUAGAGAGGACUGUGGCUGCGACUGCCAGGGCUUCUGUGAGCCGGAGACCUGCGCCUGCAGUCUGGCUGGGAUCAAGUGUCAGGUGGACCGCUUCAACUUUCCCUGCGGCUGCUCCAAGGAUGGCUGUGGAAACACAGAGGGUUACGUCGAGUUCGACGCCAGGCGAGUACGGACUCACUACAUCCACACCAUCAUGAGGCUGGAACUGGAAAGGACAGUCCAAGACAAAGGUCGAGGGGUCGAGACACGAUCUCCGGAAGACCUUGUGGAGUGUGAAGAGCUGUGUGAAACCACACUGGUCGACGAUGAGCCGGUCAAGAACUGUCCCUUCGGGUUUAGCCAGGAAGAAACAGGGCUCCCUCUCACGAUGCCUGCUGUCACGCCGUUCACCUUCAGCCCGGAGCAGUCAGCGAUGGAGGAGAACAGCUGCAGCAGCAACAUGACCGAGUCGUCCUGCUCCGACUCGGAGACAGCGGCACAUUCCCUCACCUCGUGUGGCCCUAGCAACGACACCUUCAAGCGCGGCCUGCUGCCUCACAGACCGGACUCACCUAUGCCGCACAGCCUCACAUCAGACUGUACGACUCCGUUCCCUGCCAACACCUUGGUAGAAAACCACAGGACUUCAGGUUACGUGGAUGAAAAUGCAAACCCAGCGCGGGGCCUCUUCGAAGAAGAGUCUCUGGAGUGUCUCUCCAGUGCCCCCUCCCCCACUCUGGACUACUGCAGGUACAUCGAUCCCAGCCUCUCCUCUGACUCUGACCUUGAGUUCUUUGACAGCGACUACCCUUCUGGACCACUGCACAGCUCCUUCAAAGCUCCCAGACUCCCCGACAGCCUCCAUCAGCUGCAGUUGUUCAGCUCGGUGGUCCUGCCGCACUACGAGUCCAGCACCUUCCUGCUGGAGUCGCUCAUAUCUGACUGAGCCCAGCACAGUCAGCGGUUUUAUAUUCACAACAGACACAUCAAGACUGAUGUACAUAGCUCCUAUCUAAAUAUAUUUUUAUGAGUAAAUAUGCAGUCCGGUUAUUAUUACUUGACAUCUCAACAGAAAAGACUUUGACAAAACCACUCUUGAGGACUGAUGUUUGCCUUUCAUGUGUAAAUGUAUUUAUUUCAGAGAGUACUCAGAUACACAGCAGGUAAAGGGCCCAUGUUUAAAUUCACAUGCUUUAUGUUACUGUCUGGAUGAAUGAUAUUAUUUAACAAUGAAUCGUUCUUCUUUAUGUAUGUUCUGUGACUAAGAAGUAAACUUAAGAUUUUAUUUAUUAAA